AUGGAUGACAUAGAAGACAUUCCCUUAUCUCCUCCUCCUUUUGAAUAUGAACCUACUUCUUCAAUUGAAAUCAUUUCUGAAACAGAAACAGUUACAACCAACAGUUCUAACAGUUUAAAUAGAAAAAAACGAAAUACUGGUGCAUGUCAAAAACCUUAUGCAUACAGCCGAAAAGGUGGAAACACAACAAAUCUUAUUGUCCAUUUGCGUGAUAAACACAAAAUCACAAAAGAAAAUUAUUUUCAGUUUUUAGAUAAUUCUAAUCAGCCCCGACGUGAUCAAACUCAAAUUAUAGGAUAUUUAAAAGCAGCAGCUCCAUGCUCACCAAAACGACAGGAACUUAUUACACAAAAGCUUGUAACCUUUAUCAUCAAAUUCAUUCAACCACUAUAUAUUUUACAAAAUCAAUACUUUCGUGAAUUACUCCUUAUCUGUGAGCCGGGUUAUAGAAUUCCAUGUGACAAAACAGUAAAAGCAAUAAUCAAUGAUUCAUUUGUAUGCUGUAAGGAACAACUUUGUUCACUUUUAAAUAAUAAUAAUGUUAUUGCUGUUCAUUUGACUACUGAUUUAUGGACUGCAAGGUCUCGUCAUGGAUAUCUUGGUGUAACAGCCACAUGGUUAACAUCUAAUUUUGAAUUCUGUGAGGCACUUUUGUCAUGUAAUCACAUUCCAUAUCCACACUCAGGAGAGACUAUCAGUGCUGCAUUAUUUCAAAUUAUAAAUGAGUGGCAUUUAUCAAACACAGCAUUUACCAUUGCAACUGAUAAUGGUUCUAAUAUGAUAAAGGGUGUUCGACUAUUAGGUGAGAAAUACUUAUCACAAAUAAAACGGCAACCUUGUGCUGCUCACACAUUACAACUUUCAGUUCUACAAGGUCUGAAGCAGUGUAAAUCAAUACAUUGUCGAGUAAAGUGUUUACAGGCAUUUUUUCGUUUACCAAAACAAGCUCAGAGACUUCGGGAAGCCCAACAAAGCAAUCAGCAAUUACUGGAGGAAAAUGAUUAUAAUCGAGCAUCACAGAAAGAAGGAGAGAAAUUAGAACGACUAUGUUUAUCUCUUGAUGAAAAACAUCUUGUUAACCCUUAUAUGGAAUUGUUGAAAAAGACAUUUGCACCUAAGUCUGAAAAUGGAGAAAGUCUUGAUACAUACCUUGAUCUCAUUUAUGGGCCACAAACUGAAGAUAAUAAUGACAAUGAAGAAGAAUCUGACAGUUCAACCAGUGAUGAUGAUGAAAUCCCAUCUGGUGGAACUAGAGGUGCAAUAGAUGACAUAGAUGAUAUUAAUCAUGUUGAAUAUUUACCAGCUGUUAAUACUACUGGCCUUCUUCAAAAAGUUCAAGCAGCUAUUUUUUUAUCAUUAGAUGAAUUAUGGUCAGUUCCAACAGAAUUAGUUCAAAUUGCAACAGUACUUGAUCCCCGAUUCAAAAAUUUCCAAUGGGAUAGAAGUGGUGAGGAAAGAGACAAAUCACAUCAAUUAUUACGGGAAUUAUAUGAUUUUACAAAAGUGGAUUUUGAAUCUAAUAAUAUUCAACAAACAACAACUAUUCACAAUUUACAUACAACUAAUGAAGAUGACAAUGAUGAUUUUUUUGAAACCUUGGAAAUUGAUCUAAGUUCAUUUGAAAGAAGAUUAAAAUCAAACAAAUUGAAUGAUAUUAAUAAAACAUAA